AUGCCACAGAUCCCUCUGCCGCCUUCUGCCACAAUGCAGACGUCUUCAGAACCACCCAGAACGCUGUGGAUGGGCGAUCUGGACCCAAGUUUUGACGAAGCUACCAUCCAGCAGAUCUGGGAACAACUGCAAAAACAGGUAAGUGUGAAGCUCAUUCGUGCCAAAAAAAACCUCCUGAUCCCGUGUAGCACCAGUAGCACGUUCAGCGAGACCACCGAAUCCGCAGACCCCAAAACUGCAGAGUCCACCAACCCGCAAGAAACACUCCACAACCAGGAAGAUCCCAACCACGAUCCAGCCACCAGCACGAACCAGAAAAUCAGCAUCAACGGCGUCUCCUUCAUCGAUCCCAACACCACCCAGCUCCACCAUGCCGGGUACUGUUUUGUGGAAUUCAACAAUCUGGCUGACGCCCAAUGGGCGCUCUCACUCAAUUCCACCCCACUUCCCAAUAUUGUCAGCCAGUCGACCCAAUUAGCAACAAAUCCGUCCGGUUUGCGAAAUUUCCGUCUGAAUUGGGCCUCGGGCGCUACUUUACAAAGUGCCAUUCCAUCGACUCCAGAGUUUUCACUAUUUGUUGGCGAUCUCUCUCCAACGGCUACUGAAGCACACCUCCUGUCAUUAUUCCAAAAAAGCUUCAGAAGCGUGAAAACCGUGCGUGUUAUGACUGAUCCCAUUACAGGUGCGUCUAGAUGUUUUGGGUUCGUUAGGUUUGGUGAUGAAACCGAAAGACGCAGGGCACUUGUUGAAAUGAAUGGGGUUUGGUGCCAAGGCCGCAACUUACGCGUUGCAUACGCUACUCCUCGUAAUAACGUCAUGUGGCAAUUGUCCCAAAAUCAACAACAAAACCAACAGCAGCGACAGCAGCCACAACAAUACCAGCCAUCUGCUCCUCCGCCACCGUUCCUGGAUCAACAGCAGCAACAGCCGAUCCAGAUGCAAUUUCACCCGCAACAGCAGCAUCUCCAGCAUCAGCAACAACAACAGCAUUAUCAUAAUCAGCAAAUCGAUCAUCAGCAACUGCAGCAUCAUCAUAAUCAUCAUCACCAACAACAACAGCGGCGUCAGCAACAGCAACAACAACAGCACCAGCAACAGCAGCAACCCUCCCAGUCCUUCUCACAGCCUUACCCUCAGUAUCAAAAUCCACAAUUACCGGGCAAUUACGUGGUUGAAAAUCCAGCCGUUCAAGUGCCGGACCUUAACGGCAACCAAGCUCCAUUGCUAAUGAGGACGGCGUCUUCCUUGGUCAAUGGUAAUUUUAUGGGAUUUUCGAGACCUAAUAAUGACCAAUCGCUCUCCUAUUUGCCCUCUGCAGAUGUUACUGUACCCACACAAUUCUCUAAUAAUCAAGGAAGAAAUCGGUCUGCUGUAUCAAGUCCUAUCAACACAACAGUAUUUAUUGGCGGGCUAACUUCACAGAUUUCAGAGCGCCAACUGCAUUCAAUGUUCGCACCCUUUGGUACAGUGGUCAACGUGAAGAUUCCGCUUGGGAAAGGGUGUGGAUUCGUGAAAUACGCAAACCGCAUCGAUGCAGAGGCUGCUAUUCAAGGCAUGCAGGGGUUUAUCGUGGGCGGGAACCCAAUACGACUAUCCUGGGGAAGAACCUCUUCAGACAUGGGCAGACCGGCGAACGCUCAGGACGUUUCUCCGUCGUUGUCAAACAUGCAUGUCGAGUAUCCUUCCCAAGUUUGGAACGAGCCCGAUGGCGGGUUUCCACGGCCUUCGAUCUAUGCUUCAGCGUCAUCCCACUUGCAGGGCCAAGAAUCCACUCCGCAGGCAAACAGUGUUCCGCCCGUGCAUCCAUCACUGUUGUGA